AUGAUGGGUGCUGGAGCGGUGGCUGCAUGGUGCUGGAGGGACUUUGAGGAGAUACCCCACAUCCAGGGGCAGAGGACAAAGACCCAGCAACAUGGUAGGAGGGGCGAAAUCACAUUUAGAGUCAAACCCCAUACCUGCCAGAGACGUUCAGAGGGCUCAAACAAACCUUGUGCACACCAGGACCCAGAGACCCCACGGAGACUGAGAGAGCUGUGUCUGAGCGUGUCUUGUAGAGGUACAGGUCAGCAGUGGACUGCCACAGGGCAGGAGCUCCGGGUGCAGCAGACUUGGGUGCGGCAUAAACCCUCUUGGAGGAGGUCACGACUAACCCCACCAUAG